ACCCGCCUUGACGUGAGCCCUCCUCCGCGGUGUCCAGCGGUGUGCAGCAGCAACAGCAGCAGCAGCAGCAGCAGCAGCAACAACGGCAGCCAAGUUAUCCGCCGUGGCAAUCGCGGGCGCGCGCUCUACUCGCACCGCCGCUUACGGGGCCCCCUACGAUUACAGCGGCGAGAGACCGCCGCGUUUGCUCGGACGAUAAAUCUCAGGAAGACUUCGGAAAGAGCGGUGAGGUGUAUUAUUAUUGACGACAAGCUCGUCGGUUCUGUGAGAGAAAGGGGCAAAAGGCAGGCAAACGUCAAGCUCAAUAUAUUCUUCGGCAUGAAUCGAGACAACAUCGGUACGGAAGUAAAGAAGCGUGCGACACCUGAAGAUGACUCCAUGACGUUUUCCUAUACCGUGGCCCGCCCCUUCGAUCGACGAGAAAAAAAUACUUCCAAAUGGACCGUAGUUGAAAAGGGAUAUGACAAAUCAAGCCCAGACCGACAACUUGAAAUCUCGUAUCAGUCUAUCAUAUCGGCGGCGUCUUUACUGAAAUGUUACCUCUUGGAAACACCCUGUAAUCCGAGCGUACGUUUAUUGAGAAAGGAAGGUUUCGAUAUCUAUUUAAAGAAGGAGCUUAUGCAAAUUACUGACAGCAUUAAAGCGCGCGGUGUGGUUUAUACGCUGCUACAACUCUCGGAAAAGCACAAACGUAAGGGCGUGAUAACAAUCUCGACGGGAAACCUCGCUGUUGUUCUUUGUCAUUAUGGACGCAAAUUUCGCAUACCGGUGACGGUGGUGCUGCCAGUAUCAACGUCACGCCAAAAUGUCGCAUGCUGUAAGCAAUAUGAAAACCCACAAACAACAGUGCUCAACAUGGGCAAAAACAUGGUAGAGGCUCAUAUAAUUGCUUUGAAUAUCGCCAAGGUGCAGGGCCUAUUUUAUCUCGACGGGUACUAUCUAUUCUUAGUAAAAUUUUAACUACAAUAUA